UGUGGUUAUACUUUUUUUAGACGAAUACAAAAACACAUUCAAAUUUUCAAUUUCUUAACAGUGAAGAGUUCCGAAAAAGGGCGGGAAGUGACGAGUCCGAGCUUAGCAUCAAUUAACAGUUCAUUAUAGGCUUAAACGUUCGUUCUUAACUCUUGAUGAGAGUUAUUUAUCUCCUCACAGUUCUUGCAUGUUCAACACAGCGUACUAUAAAAAGGGCGCUUCAGACUGCUGUUUUGUAGGGUUUUGAAUCAAUCAUUAGAUGUUGUUUUCAGAAGAAGAAAAGAUGGGUCCUCUUGUCGGAGAGACUGAACUCUCUGAAGCACUCGUCAAUGCUGGAAAAAAUCUCCUCAAGCCUCCAUCAUCUACCAAAGCGCUUCUCCAUCUUCUCAAUGAAGCCGAGGGUCAGCUCUCCAAGCUAGUGCAAGAUCCUAUUGCUGCGGUGCAGAACGCACUGAGACCAUUGAUGAAGGCUUUGGUAUCUGCUCAUCUCUUAAGAAACCGUGAUUCUGAUGUUUGGGUCUACGUUGUCUCCUGCUUAACCGAGAUCAUGAGGAUAACUGCCCCAGAGGUCCCAUAUAACGAUGAUCAAAUGAAGGAGAUCUUCAAGAUGACAGUAAGAGCCUUUGGAAAACUAGCUGAUACUUCAUGUCCUAGCUAUAAGAAAGCCGUUGGGGUGCUUGAUACUGUUUCUAGGGUCAGAUUAUCAUUGGUGAUGUUGGACUUGGAGUGCGAUGACCUUAUUCUAAAGAUGUUUCGCCAGUUCUUGAAAACCAUUAGACCGAAUCAUCCUGAAUCGGUGCUUCUUUCAAUGGAAGCGAUAAUGGUGACGGUUAUCCAUGAGAGUGAAGAAGUACCCAUGGAUUUGCUCGAGAUUCUCUUGGCUGCUCUCAACAAAGAAAGCCAGGACUUCUCACCAGUGGCUUCGUGGCUUGCGGAGAAGGUUCUAAUUACUUGCGCCUGUAAGCUUCAAACGUGCAUCAUUGAAGCUUUGAAGUCAACAGGGACUAGCUUGGAAAUGUAUUCUCCAGUAGUCUUGGCAAUAUGCCAAGGCGAAGCUGAAGCACACAUCGUUGUUAAACCCAAACAAGCUGAGGGGAAUAUGUCUAAGAGAAUUGCAAGAUGUGGAACUCGAGCGCAAGGAGAUGACAACGAUUUGAAGCAAGUACAGCCUGGAAGUACAGACGUAGAGACAGAAUCAGGGUCAAUGAGGAGAGGACGGGAACUCAAUCCUCUAAUGAAUACUGAGGAAGGCUAUCCAUUUAAGACGUCGUCAAGCAAGAAGGUGCAGGAAAAAGAACUUGGUGAUUCGUCACUUGGAAAGCUGACUGCCAAGAAAGCAUCUUUGCCUAGUGAAGUUGGUCAAACGAAUCAGUCUGUUGUUUCUUCUCUCUCACCCUCUAGUAAGGCUAGGAAGGGGUCACGUAAACGGAGCCAGAGUAAGAUCGAAGAGACAAAUCUUGGUGCAGGGUCUUUAGCUGCACUAGUAUCAAAGAAACAGAUUGUGAAGAAAGAUGAUCCUGAAGAAGAAGAUUUUAUGGAAUCUGACCUUGAAAAGCCUGAAGAUAGCAUAAAGACUGCUGCAAAGUCAAGUAAAAAGGAGAGAGCACAGAAUCGUUCAGCAAAAGCAUCUGCAAAGAAGCCACUUGCAGAAUCUAAUAGGGUAGAGGACAGUGUGAAAAAAUCAGUCCACUCAGAAUCAAAAGGUGCAAGCAUGUAUUCACAUAUUCUCCAGUCAUCAAAGAACAAGAAGAAGAUUUCUCGUGCAAUAACGCCUCCGAGGAAAGAGUCGGAACAAACUGCCAAAAGCCAUCACAAGAGGAAACGGACAGCUGGAGAGGAAGUGGAGUCCCAUAAUAGUGAGCUCGGUGAGGAAUUAGUUGGUAAGAGACUGAAAGUCUGGUGGCCAUUGGACAAGAAGUUUUAUGAAGGCGUCAUAAAGUCUUAUUCUAGUCGUCAGAAGAAGCAUGUAGUAUCGUAUACUGAUGGGGAUGUUGAAAACCUUGAUCUUAAAAAAGAACGUUGGGAGAUGAUCCAGGAUAAUUCUUCAUCCAGUGAUGAAAAGGAGAUUGAUCUGCCUGAUUCUACUCUUUUAUCUGACAUAAGGCGGAGGCAGAAAACAAUGAAGAGAAAAAAUGUGUGUAAGAAUGUGGAACUGAGCAGUUCUUCAGACGUCAGAUCCUCGAAGAAGAAGAGCGACCCUGUAGCAAACUCCACUAAGCUGAAGGGCGUAAGCAAUGAACAAGAAAGCAGAGAAAAGCAGAAUCUUGAAUCCUCAAAAGCGACGAAUGCUGAAAUUGGCAGAACAAAAGGCAGGACUGAGAAAAGGCAGAGGGUGACUCGAUCUAUGCACCAGGAAAGUGAAAAAGAUUGUGACGAUAAGGAAGAACCUGAAACCAAAGCUGGUGGAGAAGAGUUAAAGUCUACAAACAAGUCAAAUGCAAUAUCAGAAACUGAUGGACAAGAACAUAAAGUAGCAAAGGAGCCAGCUGCCAAAGCUGAUGGAGUAGAGCGAGAGUCUGCGAAAGAGCCAAAUGAAGAACCCAACACUGAGGUACAAGGGAGAGGAUCAGCUAAAGAGAUACCUGCAUGCACAACAUUGAUUGAGGAGGAGGAUAUGUCUGAGGAGAGUCAUAGAAGCGUGCCUGAGACUGGUAAGGUAGAAAACGAAGAUGAUCAGAGAGUAGUUAAAGAAGAGACUGAUAAAGCAGAAGUCGGUACUAUUCGUGUUUCAGUUUGAUCCGUGAAUAAGAAUAUGGUUAGAUGAUGUUAAUUCAGGAAAAAUAAGAUGGGUUAUUGUGGUUUAGGUAACUGAUAUGUUUAGUGGAAGCUGCUUGUUUAGAGACUUAUGGUUGUUAUUGUUUAGUGGAACUAGUUUGAUCUCAUGUCACCUAGCUAUCUAAAUAUACAUAUUUAAAAGACA